GUAUGAAAAUUAACGGAAGAUGUGGUUAAUUGUAGAAGUGGUGAUGAUGAUGAUGAUGGUGAUGAUGAGAAAAGUGUCGAGACGAGGGAGAGAUAGCAUAUAUAAAUUUCGGCACCGGGGGACCAAACGGGUGGAUUUGCUGACAACAGCCGACCCAGCCAGAACACCAUGUUGAGCAGACACAGUAUCAUCUAUUCUCUGUCCACCAUCCACCACUUGUACAAAGUCGAUAUCCGAUAUCAGGAUCCAGGAUCCAAGAUCCGCAUUAUUCUCGUUCUGUAUUUGUACUUUGUCCUCUAUGCAGUGUAUGCAAUGCUGUGCUCUCCCACCAGACCGGCAUACUGCCGGCUGCUGUCAGUCGUUGCAGUCGAGCGAUACAAUACUACAGUAAUCCAUAGACACCUCCUGCGCCCUCGACAAUCGACCUACAGGUUAACCAGUGCCGCACUACGUGUACCUCCUACUCCCACCACCUUUUACCUUAUCUCUCUAUCCGUACUUUGUACUUUGUACUUUGAACUUUGUACUAUGGGACUGGAAUUGCAAUACUACCAGGUUCGCGAACGAUUAAAAUAA